AUGUCCAACACCCAAGAUGCUUGCUCGCCCCUCAACCAGGACCUCAGGUUGCCCGAAGUGCACCAUCUGAGCCCCCGAGCCGCGGACUCGCCCACCCUGCAGGGGUCUGCGGACUGGCAGAGCCCCACCUCAGAGUGGAAGUCCGCCAGCUUGUCUGAUGAUGAGGUCGAGCAUACAAGCAGAAGCGAUGAAGGCAACUCCCCCAUGAACGGCAACAUUAGUGCUCGCAGUACUGGCGAUCUCAACG